UUCCACUAUAUUUACAGACAAGGACAUAAACUUAUGAUUAUUCUCAAUGUAGCCCCUUCACGUUUCUCAAACUUUACUUUGCGCGUCACCACUACUAAAAUAACCAAGAAACACCCAUAAGACACAAACGGAUAGACCCCUCCCCUCUCCUUCUUUCUCUCUCACACUCACAUACGGAAUCACGUUCAAGAGCUUAUCGGCUACAGCUGAUGAGUUUGUUUCCGUUUUCUUGAAAAAUGGAGAGUCUCUCUCUCACCACCACAACCACUACCACCGAUGCUUCGAAAUUUAGAUUUCUGAUCCCUUGUUAUAAAAAUCCCAGAAUUUACAGAAAUCUUCCUUUUCAUCACAAACGACAUAGAAGAUUUGCACUUUGUGCUGCUAAAGAUGAAGAUAAAUUCGACAGUUGGGACCAAAUGGAGCUUAAGUUUGGGAAAAUGAUCGGUGAAGACCCCAAACUUACCCUUGCCAAGAUAAUCGCUAGAAAAUCACACCCAGAAUUAUCUUUCUUGGAUAUUGAGAAAUUAUACAAUAAGAAAGGUCUUAAAGCCUUUAAUGACAUAGAGGAGGUCCCAUUUGAUGUAUCUGAUAUUCGAAGAAAGCCCAACGAUUCACUUGAUGGGCCAAAGUUAACCCGGCCCGUGCCCAAGGAUCCAUCCGAUGGGCUAAACUUGACCCGACCCGUAUCCGCAUCCAAGAAUUCACUCGAUGGACUAAAUUUGACCCGACCCGUACCCAAGAAAGGAGUCAAAUUUGAAUCAAAUGAUAAGCCUGUAUCUGUAGUACCCAAAGUAAAGAAACCAAACCAAAUGUUAGAAAAGGAUGUGGGUAAUAAUACUCCUACAGAAACUGUCCCAAAUGUUGAAUUAAGAAAACCCACUACUUUUAAAGAUGAUGAUUCGACAUCAAUGUUACAGAGACCAAAUUUCUCAUUUAAGAUGAGUAAAGAACAGGAGACAGAAAGGUUGACUGAUUUGACAAUGGUGAGGAAACCUGAACCCUUUCUGCAAAAAGAAGAAACAGAAGCUAUGGAAGAUGAUACAGAGAGUUUAAGUGUAAUCCAAACGGAUGUUACACUCUCACAGAAGCCUGAAAUCACAGUCGAUCAACUUAGAAAUCAGAAUGAGAAGCCUGAAAUCACAGUGGAUCAAAUUAAGGAUCAGAAUGAGUCGAAUUCUGAAAUUGAUGACAUCAAGAACAGUUUAGCAAAUGUGGAUUUAGCUUUUGAGAUGGAAAAUGUGCAGGAUAAGAUUGAUCAGGAGAGUGAUGAUGUAACAGCAGCUACUUCGCAAAUGUCUCUGGAUACUGCAUUGAGAGGACCACCUAAAAGAUUAGAUCAAUCUGUAAAAGAUACAUCAAAGAUCGAGAGAGUAGUUACGGGUCCCACGAACCCAAUACCAUAUGAUAACACUCUCGAGACUGAAAACUUGCCUACAACACCAUUCUUAAAGGAGCGUGAAGAUAACGAUUGGAAAAGAGCUGAAAAUUUGAUCAAGACAGAAGGAAGAGAAGAAGUGGAACUCAUAAACUCUAGCACUCGGGGUUUCGUUGCAUCUUUCGGAUCUCUAAUAGGGUUUUUGCCUUACCGAAAUCUUGCGACUAAGUGGAAGUAUUUAGCUUUUGAAUCAUGGUUGAGGAAGAAAGGAUUGGAUCCUGCAAUGUUCAGGAAAAAUCUGGGUGUUAUUGGAGGAUAUGAUGCGACAAACAACGCAUUACCAAUAUCGACCAUAGAUCCUAAAAAAAUGGAGGGUGAAAUAUCACCUGAUAUGAAACUUGAGGACCUUCUUGCAAUUUAUGACCAAGAAAAACUCAAAUACUUGUCUUCGUUUGUUGGUCAGAAAGUCAAAGUCAACGUGGUCUUGGCUGAUAGAGGAUCGAACAAGCUAAUAUUUUCUGCAAAACCAAAAGAGAAAGAUGAAUCGGUUGAAAGAAAGCGAAGUCUCAUGGCUAAGCUUAGCGUUGGAGACAUUGUAAAGUGUUUCAUAAAAAAGAUUACUUACUAUGGGAUUUUCGUUGAGGUGGAUGGAGUACCUGCACUGAUUCACCAGACUGAAGUGUCAUGGGAUGAUACUUUGGACCCGAUUUCCUAUUUUAAAAUUGGACAGGUCAUUGAAGCAAAGGUUCAUCAGUUAGAUUUUUCACUUGAACGUAUAUUCUUAUCGUUGAAGGACAUUACACCAGAUCCAUUGAUUGAGGCUUUGGAGGCUGUUGUUGGUGAUCAAGCAAACUUGGAUGGACAAUUAGAAGCAGCCCAAUCCGAUGAAGAGUGGCCCGAAGUUGAAUCACUUGUAAAAGAACUGCAGCAAUACAAAGGCAUUGAGAAUGUGAAAAAAGGCCGUUUUUUUGUGGGCCCGGGUUUGGCCCCGACUUUUCAGGUUUAUAUGGCGUCUGUGCUUGAAAACGAGUAUAAAUUGCUUGCAAGAGCUGGAAACAAAGUACAAGAGGUGAUUGUUGAGACAUCGAUGGGAAAAGAAGAGAUGAAAUCUGCGAUUCUAAUAUGUGCGAGUAGAGUUGAAUGAUGGGUUUUUUUGUAUAGUUUUGUUUUAUGAUUUAUUUUAUGUUUGAAUUGAAGCCAUUGAAUGUGUUGAUAUCGUUUAUUGUGUAUGUCCUUGUGAUUAAGGUCAAGUGUAGUAUUUAUUCUUAUUGGUGUCAUGGCAUGUAUGAGCAUAAAAAAAACAUGCAUAAUGAGAUGAUAGAGGAGAUUGUAAGCAAUAAUGAAACCUAAAAACGAAUGUGAAACAAAUAAUUAUUUAUAUUCAAAAGAUCAAUGAUACACAUUUUUGAAUUAGA